AUGUCAAAAGAAGUGAGCGGCAAGCUCUCGAGCCGCGUCAUGAACAUGAAGUUCAUGAAGCAAGCGGACCAAGCAGAGGAGAUUGAACAAGAGAAGCAGAAAGUGCAGCAUCAUGUGGAUACCAGUGAAUGGGCAUUGAGUGGAGGAGAAGAAUUCAAGUCCCGGCUGCGGCCACAACUUCGAACGGCUGGUACCACGGAAAUUAUGGAACAGACCCAGUCCGCCCCGGUAGUUGGAAGGCGGAAGUUUGGUUCGCAGGCCAAGACAGAACCUGAGGGCACCACUGAACCUGGUCUAGAUGAACUUUGGGAGAACCAAAAGGGCAAAAAGCGCAAGGCUGGGGAGGCGGCCGGAGAAAAGGACGAGAAGGAAACAGAUCAGAGUGAAGAUGAGGAAGAAGAAGCGCCGGCUAAACGCUUCAAGUCACAGCAGGAGAAAACAGACAAAAGGGAGCGCAAGUCUUCGAAGCGCAAGAACUGA